UCUAUGGAUUAUUAUUCAUCUAUGAUCUGAUCUGUUCUAGUUAUCACCUCCUUUUCAAACUUUUACCAUUGAUCUUCUCUCUGUCUCUCGGAUCCUCUUGUCUUCCAUUCUCUCUCUCUCUCUCUCUCUCUCUCUCUCUCUCUCUCUCUCAAUCCACUCUCAUCUCAUCUGACAACCCAAUUUCGCAACGCAAUCCAAUUCCACCUGCAAUUUCUAUUCUUCCUCUUUAAAUGUUACUGCUUUCUAAGGAUUUCUUUGUCGUUUCGGAUUAAGCUGGAAUUGUUAACUUAAACCAGAGAACAUUCCGCCCCAAGAAAAGUGCACCUUCUGGGAGUAAGGGAGCACAGCUUAGACAGCACAUUGAUGCUACACUAGGUAGUGGAAAUCUGAGGGAAGCAGUAAAGCUACCACCUGGGGAGGAUUUAAAUGAGUGGCUUGCUGUUAACACCGUUGAUUUCUUCAACCAGGUCAAUCUUCUUUAUGGCACCCUCACAGAGUUUUGCACUCCUGAGAAUUGUCGAACAAUGUCUGCUGGUCCCAAGUAUGAGUAUAGAUGGGCAGAUGGUGUACAAAUCAAGAAACCUAUUGAAGUUUCUGCUCCAAAAUAUGUAGAAUAUCUAAUGGACUGGAUUGAAGGACAGCUUGAUGACGAGUCCAUAUUCCCCCAGAAGCUUGGUGCACCAUUUCCUCCCAACUUCAAGGAUGUUGUGAAGACAAUAUUCAAGCGACUGUUCCGAGUAUAUGCUCACAUAUACCAUUCUCACUUUCAGAAAAUUGUGAGCCUCAAGGAAGAGGCCCACCUAAACACUUGCUUCAAGCAUUUUAUACUGUUUACCUGUGAAUUUGGUUUGAUUGACAAGAAGGAGCUGGCUCCCCUUCAAGAGCUCAUAGAAUCCAUUGUCGUACCAUACUAGAUAUGUGAAGAGGGUUGAACCGCAUCUUGAUAAAUCAUUACUGAGAAACAUAACUUAAUGAUUACUUGUAUUUUUGUGUUAGAUAUGUUCUAGCAGAGAUACAGCAGGUCUAGUUUAUCCUUCACUGCCACAAAACAUGAAAUAGGCAAUGGAUUAUGCAUACUACUGAUUGUAUGUUUCUUACCGAAAUAUUGUUAGUACUUUGAUCUUGCAAGGCUUGUUGCCGGAAUAAAUCUCAUUGCUAACAUAGCAAUACGUAAUGUGUAUGAAUUUAUGGAUUUGAAAAAUAAGAAAUCACAAUAAUAACUAGAACAAUGCUGUAAUUUCUCUGAUUUA